CUUAUAUAUACAAGACCAACAAAACUUUUUGUGUAGAUACUUUGUCUCCUCUUUUAUAUUUUUUUUUUUUUUACCAUACCGUAUCUACACCAAUUCCACAACUGGCAUCAAGGCAAAUUCAUGGGCAGGAAAAAUAUCUGACAUGUGGGACGGAAUAUACGUUGUGCAUCAAACACUUGGCAAAGGAACCUAUUUUAUUAAAUCAUAUCAAGAUAACGAUUCUAGACUAAAACGGGUGCAUGGAAACCGGUUGAAUUUGUAUCAGCUACAUGAUGUUUUCUGGAAUCAACCUUUUGACCGAAUCCUUGGAGAUGAUCUAUCAAAAAAAAAAAAAGAAAAAAAGAAAAAAAAAACUGUAAAAGAGUCAAAAAAAUUGAUACACAUAUCAUCUUUUACCUAUUCUCUUUAUAAACAAUAUACCUUUAACAAAAUGGCUAAUUCAAGCAAUCAAUUCAUGCUGGAUGAGUACACCUGGCUGGACACAGACACGCUCACUUUGAGUACAGUGGUGAAUAACAAGAUAGUGGAAAAACAAUCCUUGUUCGAAGAUACAUCUGAAUGGUCUAGUACUGAAAACUUAAACAUCAACCAUCAUCCUUUUUUUUAUCCAACUCAACCUUUUAUCAUGAAUACCGAUGAUAGUCAACAAGUCUUACUUAUGAGUACCCCCCGCCUAUGUCGAGCAAUUAGCCUGUAUACAAGAAAAACAACGAUUAGUGUAAGAACUGGAAAAAAGAAAACCUCCUACCUUUGACUCUUCGCUUGAUACAUUCCAACCUUGUUAAACCUUAUGAUGAAUUUACAAGGGCUACCUAUGUUGAAGAAAGGAAUAAAUAUUU